AUGGCGUCGGCGCAAGACACAGAGGAGAUCCAUCGAGGACCAAUCAGUUGGGAUGACUUGCUAACAGUGAAUGGGAUCCAAUAUUCGUCCUUCAAGCAAUCUGCUCAACAUCGAGGAUUGUUAGAGACUGACAGUAGCAUCCGUGAAUGUUUGGUUGAGGCAUCUGUUUUACGAUUGCCAUACGAACAACUAGCUAUAACAGGUCGUGGUAUAUAUACAUUUCGUGCUCAAGGCUCAAUAUAUCACAGUAUAGGAGGAUUUCAUCCAGAUCAGGGCACGGGGCCACGGUUUUUGCAACUGUACAUAUAUGAUACUGAUCACGAGUUGCAGAAUAGGAUGCUGGAGAACACACAACUACAUGAAACAUUAGUUUUCAAGUUACAACAAUUGCUACACCGGUAUAAUCCUUUUCUCCAUGUGUUUCGCCAGCUUGCACAACGGUCAGAUGUACAUGAGUGUAGUUUGGUCAUUAGAGAGCGACCUGCUAAUCAGCCACAAUAUAGUCUUCCAACUGCGUCGCAGGUAGCAGCCAUAAUUGUUGGUGAUGACGUUGAAACAAUGAUUCGUGGGCGAGAUAUUAAGGUGCAAACUAAUGAUUCGUGGAUCCGCCCCGAUGAUCAUUCCACCGUAUUGCAAGCAGGACGACUACUACAACAAUAUGUUGUUGAUAACUAUGUGAAAAUUGAAACCGGAAAGUUAAGAUGGGUUCGAAAUAGACAGAAGAAAUUACGGGCUGAAUUAUACCAAGGUUUACAAGAUGCUUUGCACACAGGAGAAACUAAUGCAGAAAAUGUUGGAAGAAAAAGAACAAUAUUACCAUCGUCGUUCAUUGGUAGCCGUCGCGACAUGACCCAACGAUAUGAAGAUGGAAUGGCGAUUGUUCUUAAAGAGGGAAAGCCAGAUAUUUUUCUCACAAUGACAUGCAAUCCAUCUUGGACUGAAAUAACUACAGAACUCAACCCAGUUCAAACUCCACAAGAUCGUCCAGAUCUAACAACAAGAAUUUUUCGAGCCAAAUUUGAACAGCUGAAAGAGGAUGUAAUUACUAAGGGUGUCUUGGGAAAGGUGAAGAGCUAUAUUUAUGUCACUGAGUUUCAAAAAAGAGGGUUGCCACAUGUACAUAUGUUGCUAAUCUUAGAAAACAAUGACAAGUUAAUUGACCCGGAGCAUUAUGAUAGUUUGGUACGUGCAGAGAUACCAUCUAAAGAAGUAGAACCACACCUACAUGAUGCUGUGCUAAAACAUAUGAUUCAUGGUCCUUGCGGUACACUUGAUCAAUCUUCACCCUGCAUGAAAAAUGGCAAAUGUAAACGCAACUACCCAAAAGAGUUCGCAGCAGAAACACGAAGAGGUGACGACUCAUAUCCGCAAUAUAGGCGACGAUUCGACACUCCAGUACAAAUUAACCAAAAUGUCACGGUUGACAAUAGAUGGGUAGUUCCGUACAACCCUUGGCUACUACUAAAGUAUGAUUGCCAUAUUAAUGUUGAGAUAUGUAGUAGCAUCAAGAGUAUAAAGUAUCUCUACAAAUAUUGCUACAAGGGUCCAGACCGGGUUGCAAUGGAAGUUCACAACAGUUCUAAUGUUGACGAGGUCCAACAGUUUGUUGAUGCAAGAUGGAUUGCUGCUCCAGAGGCAUGUUGGAGAAUAUUUAAAUUUAACCUUUACCGAAUGUAUCCAUCAAUGGAAAGGUUACAAAUUCAUUUGCCAAAUCAACAUCAAGUGAGCUUUUAUGAUCACCAAACCAUUCCUGAAAUACUUAAUGAUGAUUAUUUCUCUAGAACAAUGCUCACUGAGUUCUUUGCUCUAAAUCGUGAGGAGGACCAACAAUCUAGGCAUCUUUUGUACAGGGAAAUUCCAGAGUAUUACACUUGGCACAACAAGGAAAAGGAAUGGCGUCGGUGCAAGACACAGAGGAGAUCCACCGGUAGAAUUUAUACUGUAUCACCUUCAGAAGGAGAAAAAUUCUAUUUGCGUAUUCUGUUAUCUAAUGUCAGAGGACCAAUCAGUUGGGAUGACUUGCUAAUAGUGAAUGGGAUCCAAUAUUCGUCCUUCAAGCAAUCUGCUCAACAUCGAGGAUUGUUAGAGAGUGACAGUAGCAUCCGUGAAUGUUUGGUUGAGGCAUCUGUUUUACGAUUGCCAUGUGCUUUACGAAGGUUGUUUGCAACCAUCUUAAUAUUUUGUGAGCCUACAGAUGUAAGAAGCUUAUGGGAUGAAUUUUUUUCAUAUAUGGUGGAUGAUUAUCCGUCAACCAGCACCACAACAGCCUUAGUGUUCACAAAUCGGCUACUCAGGGAUAUAAAUGAUAUACUCCUUCAGCACAGAAAACAGAUUACACAAUACGAUUUGCCAGCUUUAACUCAUGAAAAUGACAAUGACAACUCGAUACCCAGAGUUAUCCAAGAAGAACUGUCUGUCGAAGUACCCCAGGAAGACCUGUGUUCCAUAACAAGAUUGAACAAUGACCAGUCUAAAGCUUUCAAGUGCAUUAUGAAUACAAUUGAUCGAAGAGAAAGUGGAGUGUUCUUUGUUGAUGGGCCAGGAGGAUCAGGCAAAACAUUUCUUUACAGAGCUAUAAUUGCAGAAUUGAGAAAUAAGGGUCAUAUUGUCUUGGUAACUGCAUCAUCAGGAAUAGCCGCAACAUUAUUGCCUGGGGGUCGAACAGCUCAUUCUAGGUUUAAGAAAACAGCUCAUUCUAGGUUUAAGAUUCCAAUUAAUGCAGAACCAUCAUCCAUUUGCAACAUAAGCAAACAAUCAGAUCUUGCAAAGCUGAUUAGACAAACAACGGCAAUCAUCUGGGAUGAAACACCUAUGGCAAAUAAAGAAUCGGUGCAAUCAUUAGACCGCACUCUGAGAGAUAUAUUAGCAAACGAUAUGCCAUUUGGAGGAAAAGUGAUGGUGAUGGGAGGAGAUUUCCGCCAAGUACUGCUUGUGGUACCGAAAGGUAGUAAGUCACAAAUGAUUUCAGCUUCUAUAUUUAAGUCUCAAUUAUGGGCUUCCACUAAAAUUCUCCAUUUGCGACAAAAUAUGCGAUCUUCUAAUGAUCAUGUUUUUGCUGAGUACCUUAUGCGCAUUGGUGAUGGAAUUGAACCCACCAUACAUGAAGACUUUGUACGGAUACAAGCAAAUAUGGCAAUUCCGUGGGAGGGUGAAACAUCGUUACACAAGUUAAUAGAAGAAAUAUUUCCAAACUUACAAUCUCAUGGGUGGGACGCUUCUUACAUGUUCUUCAAGGCUCAAGAAUCUAUUGAUAAGGAGAUGUAUGAGGAAUUGCUAAAGAUUUUUUCUCGGCACAAGAAAGAUUCUUCAAAUACAGAUCCGUACUUUGGUUUACCACUUAAAAAAAAGAUAG